CAUACGAGCGUAUAUUUGUCGUUAACUCAUGUGUGAUUGUAUCUCUCCUCUCUAGCCCCGAGGAUCCCAUUGAGCGAGGUGCUCGGAGACGAUGUGAGUUCACAGCUUAGAGCCAAAUGUAACACCAUUCCCAGGAACUCUCCCGGAAGACUGUCACAAAGUCUCUCUGAGAAUCCUUAGCGGACAGUUUCUAAUUUGCUAGAAAACCAGAGACGUGGGGGCCAACGAGGCAGAGGGAAGAGAGCAGCCAGCCAGUGAGUACGAGUUAAGCCCAGGAGAUCAGUGAUGGAUUUCCCUGCGCUCAUCUUCUUGUCCUCCCUUGUUUCUGCUGAAGUCUUAGCCCAAAGGACCUUCCUGUGGCAGGAGGUAGGAAGCUCUUCGUGUGUGCGAUGCUGUGGAGAUUCAGAGAAACCUGUUCUUAACCCAACGAAGAGCAGGGUGAAGCAAUAUAUCCUCUACCCAGCACCAAAAUUCCAACCACAGAUAGAUAUGACCAUAUUGAAAGGCGAAAAAGGAGAGUAUGGUGGAGCAGGACAAACAGGGAUCUCAGGAAAAGAUGGUGAACCUGGACCACAUGGACUUUCAGGGGAAAAAGGCCAAAAGGGUCAAAGAGGUCCAUCAGGAAAUUCCUGCAAGAAUCAAUAUGCAGCUUUUUCUGUGGCUCGCCGGAAAUCCCUUCACAGCACUGAAUAUUUUCAGCCUGUGAUAUUCGACACCGUGUUUGUGAACUUGUACGAGCACUUUAAUAUGUUCUCCGGGAUUUUUUACUGCUACAUUCCUGGGAUUUACUUCUUCAACCUGAACGUACACACAUGGAACCUCAAGGAGACCUAUCUGCACAUCAUGAAGAACAGCCAGGAGGUGGCCAUCUUGUAUGCUCAGCCCAGUGACCGCAGCAUUAUGCAGAGUCAAAGCAUCAUGCUUGAUUUGCAAGACAAAGACGAGGUGUGGGUGCGAAUGUAUAAAAGGGAAAGAGAGAACGCCAUUUAUAAUGAUGACACUGACGUCUACAUCAUCUUCAAUGGACACCUGAUACGACCAGCUACAGAAUAAACUGGGAAAUAUAGGCUGAACAGAGUUACUACUCCAUUAUUUUCCUUCAUUGGUCAUUGUGCAAAAACAUUGCUUUGCUACAUAUUUGUAUUUAUACAUAUGAGUGGGAACUACUAUAUUUCUUGUUUUGACAGAGGCAUUCUUAAAAGAGGGGACAGUGCAAUAGGAUCAUGCAAUUCUGAUCACUAAAUGCAAUACUAAUCUUGUCUACUAGGGCUAGUUAAAUGCCAUUACCCUCUUAAAUGUUUAUACGUGUAGUAAAGGAAACUCAGGUCAUCUUGAUGUAAAUCACAGGAGUUACACAUAGAAGGAAGCUUGAUAAUAAAAAAGAUAUAUAUAUAUAUAUUGAUGAUAGCCCAUUAUAUCACUUUGGGAUAGCUCUGGCUACACCCUCUCAUAUUGGGCAAAUUCACUAAGCGCCGAAGCGCCGAACGCUAGUGUUACUUCGCUUGCGUUUGGCAUUUUCGUUACUGC